AUGGACGAGACGGCGCCGCUCUUGCCGCAACGUGUCGACAGCGACGAGGACGUCCUCUUCUCGGCGGCGUGGCUCGUUGAGGAUGCGCUCUUGGGCUACACGCGACCGCGACCGCUCAAGACGCAUCUCGCGUACCAGCUCUACGAACUGCACGCGCAAUGGGCCUUUCUUAGUGACGCAGUCAUCUACGUUCUGAUUGCACUCGCCUUUGUCGAGGUCCCGCAUUGGUGCGACCAUGACCCAAGAUCGCUCUAUCCCUGCGGCGACCCGAGCAGCCCCGAGACGCCCAUGACGUUCAACGCCGGGUUCCUCACGCUCGCGCAGUCGCGCACCGUGGCGCUCACGUGCCUCCUCUUCUUGCUCGCCGAUGUGCUCUUUGCGUACCUCUACCUCGGCGGCGCCUUCCUCGGCCGCCACGAGCGGAAGGUGCAGUUAGCGCUCGUCGUUGUCUCGCUCGUCGACGUCGUAAGCGCGCUGGCGUUGCCCGCGUACGCGCCUCUCGCCUCGCUGCGCCUGCACGAGUACGCGCGCAUUGUCAUGUUUGUGUUUACGCAGCAUGCGCUCCGGCGUGCGCUGCGCAAGAUCCUCCUGGUCGUGGCCGAAGUGCGCAACAUUUUGAGCCUCGUGCUCGUCUUCAUCCUCUUCUUCGCGUGGAUGGCGGUCGUGCUCUUCCAAGGCACGCCGGAAGGCGUCGCGCAGAUGCCCAAUAUCUACGAAGCGUGCUGGCACUUUAUGAUUCUGCUCACGACUGCGAAUUUUCCCGAUAUUAUGAUGCCGGCGUACAAUACGAACCGCAGCGUCGUGCUCUUCUUCGUCUUCUUCCUCUGCUUUGGGCUCUUCUUCCUCCUCAACGUCGUGCUCGCCGUCGUCUUCAACAACUUUGCGCGCUUCUCGGACGCCGAGCUCGCGCUCUCGGAGCGCAUUCGCACUCAAAAGCUCACGGAGGCGUUCGAGUGCCUUGGCGCGCUCAGUGGCGGCGUCAAACCGCAUGGAGCCACCGUGCCUAUGGAUGUGUGUCUCCGGCUCUUCCAAGGCCUGCACCGGUUUCGCACCAUCUCGCACCUCGAACGCGACGAAAUGGCCGCGCUCUUUGAUGCACUGGACGCCAACGGCGACCACGUCUUGGAUAUCGACGAGUUUGUACACGUGUGCGAAGCCGUCGAGCGCGUCUUGAUCAAGGAGCCGCACCCGCAGUCCGAGGUCGAGGCCUACUGCCCGCGCCUCUUUGCCUCGCGGACGUUCCAGUCGUUGAGCGCCGCCGUGCGCCACCCGACGCUCGAGGUGGUCAUUGACGUCGUCUUGGUCGCGAAUGCCAUUGUCGUGUUUGUCGAGUCGUUCUCGAUCCUCAACGACGCCGAGACCGAGAUCGACACGAGCGUCUGGACGAUCUGGGACGCGCUCGAACUUGGCUUUACGUGCAUUUACCUCGUCGAAAUGCUGGCCAAGAUGCUCGUCUACGGCCUGCGCGGCUACUGGACCUCGAUCAAGAACCGGUUCGAUUGCGUCAUCACGCUCGCGGUCGUCGCCGCCGACGCGUACGCGUACCUUCCGGGCACGUCGCUCCAGGUCGUCAAGAUCCUCCUCAUUGCGCGCUGCUUGCGGCUCUUUCGCCUCAUCAUCAACAUCAAAGGGUACCGGGUCAUUUGCACCACGUGGCUGCGACUGCUGCACUUUGGCCAGCACUUGCUCCUCCUCACGUUCUGUGCCAUGUAUGUCUACGCGCUCUUGGGCAACCAGCUCUUUGGCGGGCGCAUCUCGCCCGGCCGCAUGCGGCGUGAGUUCCCCGAGUCCGCGUACACGCAGGCCGACUACAUGGCCAACAACUUUAACGACAUGCCGAGCGCGAUCGUCCUUCUCUUCGAGCUCCUCCUCGUCAACAACUGGUUCGUCCUCGCGGAUGGCCACGCCGCCGUCUCGUCCAAGUACGCGCGCUGGUACUUCAUUGCGUACUACGUCACGGGCGUCACGCUCCUUCUCAACCUCGUCGUUGCGUCCAUCCUGGAUUCCUUUAUGGACGAGUACAAGAACGAGCAUGGCGCGGACGCGAUUGUGGCCGGCGCACGCUUGAUUCAGCCGCGCAUGCAGCUGCCCGAGGCGACCGAGUCGGCGCCGCUCGUCGCGCGCGACAAGGACGACGAGCUCCUCACGACUGCCUGCUGGUUCAUUGAAGACGCCUUCAGCGGCAUCUCGCGCCCGCAUCCGGUGCGCACGCCGUUCGCGCGCUACAUGCACACGCUGCACGCUGAACUGCACUACCUCCGCGGCGCGGCGAUCGUCGUGCUUCUGAGUCUCUCGUUCAUCGAGACGCCGCGCUGGUGCCACGGGCCUCCGCCGUACCCGUGCGGCGACCCGUCCGACCCGUUUACGCCCAUGACGUUUGAGAUCGCGCUCCUCACCCACGCCGAGAGCCACUGCAUUGAGCUCCUCUGCCUCGCGUUCUUCCUCCUCAACUCGGGCAUUCGGUACUUGUACCUCCAAGAAAACUUUACGAACCGCAAGGACAGCGUCGCGGUCUUGGUGCUCGUGCUGCUGGCGAUGACGACGCUCGCCCUGAGCGCGACGUUUCCGCACCAAGUGCUAACACCGUAUGCGCAAGUGUACCUGCGCGUCAUGAUCUUUGCCGUCAAGAACCGCAACAUUCGGCGAACUGCGCGCAAGAUCGCCCAAGUGCUCGGCGAGGUGCACAACAUCAUUAGCCUCGUCAUCGUGUUUGUCGUCUUCUUUGCAUGGGUGGCCACCAUGCUCUUCGACAACACGGAAGAAGGCGACGCGCAGAUGCCCAACAUCUACGAAGCGUGCUGGAACAUGCUCAUUCUGCUCACGACCGCGAACUUUCCCGAUAUUAUGAUGCCGGCGUACAACAAGCACCGCGUCGUCGUGGUCUUCUUCGCGUUCUUCCUCUGCUUUGGGCUCUUCUUCCUCAUGAACGUCGUGCUCGCCGUCAUUUACAACAACUUCUCCGUCAACCUCGAAGCAUUCAAAAAGAAGCGCGACCACACGCGCGAGCAAAAGCUCCAGAUCGCGUUCCGGAUUCUCUGCAAUGUCUCGUCCAAAAUGACGCGCCGCCCGUCGCUCUUUCGAUCGUACUCGACCAAGGAGCUCUGGGACCACCGACACGACGAGUGGUACCUUGGCCCGCCCUCCCCCAAGCUCGCCGUGCCGCUCGACGUCUGCCUCCGCCUCUUCCACAAGAUGAACCACUACAAGAACAUUGGGUACAUCAAGAAGAGCCGGAUGCAGCUCGUCUUUGACGAGCUCGACACGGAUGGCGACGAGAAGCUGCAGUGGCAAGAGUUUGCCAACAUCUGCGGCGUCCUCCGCUCCGCGCUCUCCAAGAAGCGCCUCCCGCCCUCCGAGGUCCAGCGCUGGUUCCCCAACCUCUUUCACAGCGACGGCUUCCACUCGCUCUGCGCCUUUGUGCGGCAUCCGCGCUUUGAACUCGCGAUCGAUAUCGUCCUCGUUGUCAACGCGCUUCUCAUAGUCUUCGAGUCGCUUCCCGUGCUCAACGGCGAGCCAAUGCCGCUCGCGUCCGAGUUUACCGUCUGGGAGCGCAUCGAGUCGAUCUUCUCAUUCGUGUACCUGCUCGAAAUGCUUCUCAAGAUCGUCGUUGACGGCCGCGCCGUCUACUGGAGCUCGAUGAAGAAUCGGUUCGACUGCCUCAUUACGGUCGCGGUCGUCGCCGUGGAUAUCUACGCGUACCUCCCAUACGACCCCGCGUCCCGUGUCAUGGUCAAGAUCCUCCUUGUCGCGCGCUGCCUUCGGCUCUUUCGCCUCAUCAUCAACGUCGAGCGGUACCGUGUCUUUUGCAUGACGUGGUUCCGCCUUCUGCCGUUCGGCAAGAACCUCCUCGUCAUCAUGUUUUGCGCCUUGUACUUGUUUGCGACGCUCGGCCAGCAGCUCUUUGGCGGCCUCAUCUCGCCCGGCCGCAUGGGCGUCGAGUGCCCCACGAGCAUGUACACGCAGGACGGGUACAUGGCCAACAACUUUAACGACAUGGCGAGCGGCAUGGUGCUCUUAUUUGAGCUCCUCAUCGUCAACAACUGGUUCGUCCUCGCAGAUGGCUUUGUGUGCGUCACGUCCAAGUACGCGCGCUGGUACUUUGUGAGCUUCCACCUCCUCGGCGUCACGAUUCUCCUCAACCUCGUCGUCGCCUCGACACUCGAUGCGUUUGUCGGCGAAUACGAAGCCGAGCACCAAGACCAGACUGGAAAGCCAUUCAAGUUUGGCUCGAUGGACACGAUGGAUGCGAACGAGACGAGCAUCAUCAUCGAGCAGCAAGACGAGGGCUAA